AUGUCGACGGUGCUGCAACGGCGACAGUUUGGCCUCAUCGCCGGAUUCCUGCAGAUUCUCUUCAUAUUCCUAUUCGCCAAAUUUGUCAAAUAUAUCGAUCCGUUGGAUGAUUCGAGAAGAGUCUUUUCCGGCACUGAUUAUCCGUUAUUCCAAGAUGUGCAUCUUAUGAUAUUCGUCGGUUUCGGCUUCCUGAUGGCAUUUCUAAAACGUUAUGGAUUCUCGGCGGUCUCUGUAAAUCUUCUUCUUUCCGCAUUUGUCAUUCAAUUCGCGAUGCUUCUUCGCGGAUUCCUCACCAAAUCUUUCCACGAUACCGGUUAUUUUAAUAUUGGUAUUCCAGAGAUGAUGUCCGCAGAUAGUUCAUGCGCGGCAAUUCUCAUCACCAUGGGCGUCUUGCUAGGCAGACUCACACCCGUCCAAUUUUUGCUGUUGGCAUUUUUCGAAACCGCAAUUUCGGUGAUUGUAGAUCACUACGUGACCAACAUUCUUCACGUGAAUGAUAGUGGUAGAUCGCUCUCAGUCCACACGUUCGGCGCCUAUUUUGGUCUCGCCGCGGGUCUCGUCGGAAAUAAGAAGAAUGUGAUGGAGAUGGACGAGCACGGCGGAAUUCACCAUUCCGAUCUUUUCUCAAUGAUUGGAACACUCUUCUUAUGGGUCUUCUUCCCGUCAUUCAACGCUGCUAUCCAAGAGCCGGAGGAUGCUCGUCAUCGGGCCAUUAUGAACACCUAUCUUGCAAUGGCCUCCGGAACAGUGACCACAUUCAUUCUUUCUUCGUUCGUUGAUCGACUCGGAAGGUUCAACAUGAUUCACAUUCAAAGUUCAACACUCUCUGGAGGAGUUGCUAUAGGUAGUGCUGCAAACGCCGUCUUGUAUCCCUACCAUGCCGUCUGUGUCGGUGUUCUCUCGGCUUGUCUUUCGGUCCUUGGACAUGCUUGGCUAAGUCCACGUCUCGAAAAAAGGUUUCACAUUUUCGACACAUGCGGUGUUCAUAAUCUUCACGGUAUUCCUGGAAUUCUAUCGGGAAUUUUGAGCAUCGGCUUCGCUUACUUCUAUUCGCCGGAAAGCUAUGGAAAGACACUCUACCACAUUUAUCCGUAUUGGAAAGGCGGCUCAAUGAAUGGAAACCGUGACAACCUUUCUCAGGCCAAGUACCAAGCGGCAGGUCUUGCGGUGAUUCUCGUCACCGCAAUUGUCGGCGGUCUCCUGACCGGCUUGAUUCUGAAAAUUCGCGUCUGGAAUCAAGUCGACGAUCCGAGAUUCCCGCAUGGCGAAAUGAACUACUACGCGCAAUCCGAUGUCAAUUUUUUAAGCAAGUACAAACACGCACAAGAGCAGCAACAAUUGCGCGAGCGCGAGAUGCUCCACGAAAUCUAUUAA